AUGUUCUAUCAACAGUCGAAUGGGUCUACAUCCCUUCCUCGAGACUUUCGAUUCCGUCCAAACGAAGAUCGCCCCACGACCCCAGAGCCCUUGGCAAUCGAUGAACUGCAACCGCCUUCCGCCCCUCGACCGACGCGACUGAAGGUUCGGAGGCGCAACGCUUCGAGCUUCCACGCCCCGACCGAACAGUUUCUCGCGUCCGUCGCUGCAGCAGAUGUAAUGAUCCCUACGAUACAAGAACCACAAGCAGCCAUUCCUACAUCAGAAGAUUUCGAGAUGGCCGAUCGUGAAGCACUCACGGUCGACACGUCCUGCUUCCUCUCCCCGCAACCUCGCGAUUUCAGAGGCGCGUCUCCGCCAAAGACGCCAAUCCUUACGCUGUCGAUGAAGGAAGGCUGUCAACGCCCAGACUGGUCGAUGGAUUCCAUGACCUCACCUGACAAUCUGGAAAGACCAGCAUCCGCAAUGUCGAACAACUCCGACUUCUCGGAUGAUUCACUCUACAGUGGCAGCCGAGUAUCCCAUCGAUCUGAAGAUGGUAGCUGCACCAGUCCAGAUUCUGAUUUUGCGGAUCCAUUCCAGUUUCCGUCUUUCUCGAAAGGCAAGGGGAAGGCCCUAUACCGUGAGGAGCCUGCUCAAGAAGUUGCGCCUCUGAAUAAGCAGCUUCGUAGCAAGGCCAGAACCGAUGCCCCAUGGACCAAGGAGCAGAGCGCUCAUCUUUGGGAUACAUAUCUCCUCUAUCUGCAGGAUCCCACCGUCACCCCUUUCCGCAUCGGUCCCAGUGCCAUACCCCCUCAAGGCAUCGUUCACCGAGUGGCUAGGCAGGCUAAGAGGAGCUGGAAGGGUCCGAGGGCAGUUACAGCGGCUCAACGAUCUUCAAGACUUAGCCCUGCGCCACGUGAGGCCCCGUCUGAGGGCGAAAGCAUUACACCUACCGCAGAGACCCCAAAAGUCUAUGCACAGUGGCCGCACUCAAGCAACGCGACCAGAGCACAUUUGAGGGAACUUUGCAAGAGUACGGACUCGGAUCUUGUCCGUCAUCAUCGUCAUCUUCAAUCUCGCAGCCCUACUCCUUUCUCUAAGCAGUUCCGAUCUCACGUACGAACACCCGAACCACCAUACUUUUCGUCCUUCACUACCCAAGAUAUUGCAUUGUCUUUGACAACCAGCACUGCUGAGAGCAUGCAACCUGAUGGACCCCUUGCCAAGCUUGCAACGUCGGAUGAUCCGUUUGAUAUUCCGGCCGCCUCUAGCUUUCCACCACGGGAGGCUUUCAGACCUCAUAGUUUUGGUAGAUCACGAGGUCUAUCAUUCAUACUCAACAAUGACUGUCAAGACCGUAAAUUAGGCUCGCCAUUUGCCCAUACGUAUGGUCCAAGUUCCUCGAAUACCUUGAGUGUCUUGGAGUGCCCUUCAUCUCGCACACAAUCUGAUACUAUCCCACCACGACCGUUCCUUCGUUCUCCUGUUCAUUUCGAUGAGUCUCGCUCUCUGAACAGUACCCAGAAGCGGCGAGCACAGCAUCCUUUGGAGGAAGAACUCAGCCCCAAUGGAGCAGUAAUACGUCCUAGCAUUCUCGAUGAGCAACUAUUUGGUGGCCCGCUUCUAAGCAAUCAACGUCGUGUCAGAAGCCGUGGCUUUAGUCUUGGUGAUGAAGCCUUCCGCCGCCGUCCGGAUGAACCACUGAAUCGGGUUCCUGGCCUCUUCUCUAAAUCUCAGACAGCCCCAAAUCUAUUUACACCCUCUGAGAUCAUCGAAUCCCGAUCUGCUGCAGGCCCUUCUACUGGCGCUUCUCAGCUCCUUCCUUCUGGCAAUGUCGGUCCUCCCCGUCUCGGAUCUCCCUUCUCUGAGUCGAUCCCAAGCCAGACAUUCCCUCGAUGCCUCUUCCCAGAUGCCAACGCUACGAUCCGUCGCGGUAGCUAUGCAACUAUGCAUCAAACCCGUCGAUCGAUCGAAUCCUUCGAUUUUGGCGAGGGGCCUUCGCUGCAGUCGCGAUUAUCACAUCUGGAUCAGAAGCUCAAGGAGAUUCGGAGCCGUGAGGCUGCUGCUCGACGAGAGACUUCUCAAUAA